AACUCCACAAAAACAUUUCCUAUAGUCUACAUUAUAAAAUAAGACCCAAUUUCAUCACAGUUUCCCCCCAAACCCACAAUGGAACAACAACAACUCAAACAGCAUACCUCCAUAAGGCAAAAACACCCGCCGGCGGUCCCUUUUUUAUGGGAAGAACGCCCAGGAACCGCUAAACAUCACUGGAAGCCCGACACCACCACCACUGCUAACGUCGCCACCAUCCCUCCACCGCUCAAGCUUAUCGCUUCAGUGCCAUUCGAAUGGGAGGAGUUACCCGGAAAACCCUUUUCUUGUUUUUCCCACCCGCCGGAAAAUACUGAACAACAAAUCCUUCCCGUUCUGGCGCUUCCGCCUCCUCCGGCUUACUCUGAAGAUAUUAUUCCUCUCCUCUCAGAAGAUCGCGAUGUUGAAUAUUAUGGACUACGGUCCGAGGCUGAUGCGUCGCUUUGUUCGAAUAUUUCCACAGAGCCAGCUUCUUAUAAUGCUGUUGAUCCAGUGGAUUGGAACUCGAGUCCUUCGUCGCCAGAAUCUGAAUCGGAGGGAACCUACGGGGCGGGAGGUGCGAGUCUAGUUGGGGUAUCAUUCUUGGAGCGUCUAUUUCCGUUGCUUUCCUCCCAUCAAGGCGGUUUACGACAAAAUGCAGGGAACUCUUAUUCAGAGACAGGAUCGAGCUCUAUGGCUACUGUCGAGGAGAAGGAGGGCGGCGAAAGCAAGGCGUGUGUUGUGGCUAGACGGGUGCAUACGCUGGGAGAGCUGAUAAUGAUGAGCCGAAGAAUUAGCCGCAAAAGGAAAGCAAUUCAAAUCCAAAGACAGGGCCUUUCCAUGGAAGUGAUAGACAAGAGUGAUCUAUGUAUGGGAGGCUGCAUGUUUGGAGUUAUUGACAAGAUUGGAGGAGGAAUAAUGCACUGGCCAAACUCCAUUUGGAAGAAGACUCAUCAUGAUCAUUUUCAUCGACUCAAAUUUAUGUGA